CCGUAGUAUCUACGAAACCGUGAAAAUCAACGGCGACCGUUCCUCCGUCCUAGAGCUUACCAUUUACUUUCCUAACUAGAGGCAAACACCGUGGGACAAGGACACGCAAAAACAUGGCGAAUACGGUGGCCGGUCUGUCCCCGGUUUAUUUUCCGAUAAGUCUUAACCGGAAGCCAAUUAAUUUCCACAAGCCCCAUCGUCUCUCCUACCAGCAAAAAAACCCUAAAUUGACGGCUCUUCAACAAAGGUCAAGAACUGUUCUUGCAAUAGAUGAAGGACCACGCAAGCAAAGGAAUCGGCUGUUCUCUGUUUUAGGGUCUCUCACUGAUCCACAAGAAGAAGAAGAAGAAGAAGAAGAAGAAGAAGAAGAAGAAGAAGAAGAAGAAUCAAAGGACUCCUCAGAGGUUGCUUCUGUAGAUAUUAAGCUGCCGAGAAGGAGUUUGCAAGUGGAGUUCAGUUGCAACUCAUGCGGAGAGAGAACUAAACGGCUUAUCAACCGUUUGGCUUAUGAACGUGGCCUUGUCUUUGUCCAGUGUGGUGGAUGUCUUAAGCAUCAUAAACUGGUAGACAAUCUUGGUCUCAUUGUUGAGUAUGACUUCCGCAAAGAAACCUCCAAGGAUUCAACUACUGAUCAAAUUUGAUUUGUUUUCUUUCUUUCUUCUUCUUAGAUAUGAUUAGAAAUAACAUAUUUUCCGCAAAGAAAUAGAGAAAAAAAAUUGUAUUAUUUUUUGAAUUAAUGUGUUCGUAUACAAUGGGGGAAAAAUGUAGCUUUUCAAGUGA